GUAGACGAUGGGCCUAUCACGUACACUUGAGUGGGUGAAACUUGUCUGUCUGGCAUGCUGUCGCACUCGCUGAAUGGUUGGGCAAACAACGAUUUGGGCGCCAAUCGGCCGGACCGUGACCCCAUCAGGCACCGCGGAAGUCAAGAUGCAUGCCAAAUGCUUCGAUGGCUGAGCCGUGCAUUAAAAGCAGCUCGAACUCGUGGUCACACAAAAACCAAUCAUCCACAUCCACGCUCUCUCGCUUUGAACAUUGCCUGACAUUCUAUGUACACACUUCUUGAAAAUCCUCCUCACGAUCAGGAGACAUGGCGCUUCACUUUGCCCCAAACACAUCUCACCCCUCCAAGGAGAAGGAGGGACGAUAAUAGGAUUUUCGGCAAAUUUAUCAAGUUUGCGCCGGAGGCAAUCACCCUAAGCAUCCUCCAGUUUCCGAGCAACCGCGUUCUGCACAGCGAUGAUCCAGACAAGUUCAUUCUUGUUUCCUUCGAGAAACUGCGAUUCCCUCAGGGUGGCCUGAAGAUCAUAACAGGAUACAUAAACCGGUUGAUGCAAGCGGGUUUGUUUAUCAACGAUACUCAGUAUCGCUUUUAUCACCACAGCAACAGUCAGCUGCGAAGCAGGACAUGCUUCAUGAGGGAAGCUAAUAGUGAUGCUGAAUUGGACGAGAGAAUAUAUCAGAUGGGUGACUUUGGCAAGAUAACGAGUGCCUGCAAAAAGGGCCAAACGCAUUGGCCUUUUGUUCUCCGCAGCUGAAAUUGAUGUCCAGUUGGAUCCCAAAUGGAUUACAGACAUCUCCGAUAUCGAAAACUCUAGUACUGUUUUCUCCGAUGGUUGUGGAUUAAUGGCCAAGUGCUUUGCUGUCCAAGUCAGCAGAGCGAAAAAGAUCGUCUUUCGUAACCAGCGGUAUACUCCAAGCGUGUUUCAGAUUCGCUACUUGGGUUA